AUGUACCACAGCCAUGAUAAAACAGAUGGACUUGAUGUACAUGUCUACCAUUCAAUCAAGAGUUCUGUUACAGUGCCUGUCUUCACUGAUGAAGAGAUCGAGGAGGUGGUAGACCCCAUCCUGAAAAGUUAUGAUAUUAACGGCGACGGAUUUAUCGAAUUCGCGGAGUUCCGGGCAAAAACAGUGAUGUAG